UGAUAGAAAAUUUUCAGAGAUUUAGACCGACCGACGUUUCUUCAAAAGAAUAACCUCUGGUUUACGACUAUUAUUUUGUAUUAUUUUGCAGAAAAAGAAAGAUAUGAAUUUUCUCUCAUGAAUUUCCCGGGUUGAAUUAGAAAGGAAAUUGGGUAGAAACAAAGCGAUGGGCAGCAACACGUUUUCAGUCUGAAAAUAGAAGGAAGAGAAAUGAUGGCGAUAACAGCGCAUGCGAAUGGCUAUUGUUGAAUUUCCAUUACUUGCUUUCCUUGGUUUUCAACCUUCUCCAUGUCACCCCUUUACAGUUAAUGCUUGCGUUGCCUUGCCUUGCCUUGCGUUGCCUUGCCCAAUAUGCAAUUUUAACCGACAACGCUUGCGUAACUUUCUUUAGACUUAAUUAUUCAAUGCCAGAACCACCCACAAUUUGACUUCCAAUUACAAGCACACUUUCUUUCUUUCCAGACCCACCCUUUUUCUCUUCUAUACUUUCCUCGAAACUUCCCUCCAUCCCUCAAAGAAUAUUAUAUUCCACAAUUCUUGGAUGAUUGUAGACUUUUUUUAUCAACCUUUCCUUGUGAAGAACAUGACGGAGCAGUAAUGCCCGUGCUUGUUUACGGAAUUUUUGCGUCUUUAUAGGUCUGUAAUCACUCUACAACAAUAACAUGGACAACACAAACAACAACACAGAACUAACUCAUAGUCAAUCCCAUGUUGAGAUGGCGUCACUUAUGCAAGAAAGAGCAGUGCUUGAGGUUGAACGCGAGACCAGGGAGAAUUCUCCAAGACAAAAACACGCAUUUGAAAACAGAUCACUAUCUCAAGAUGGUGCAGAUAAUAUCAAUGAAUCUUUAUGUCAGAAGGGCAACAAUAUAGGUGGUUUUCUUGGGAGCAUCAAGAUUGUUAUAUUCUCGGCUAAACUUAAUAUACUCAUGAUUUUUGGUCCCAUUGCGAUUGUUGUGGAUAAAGCUUCUGGAAAUCAAAGUUGGGUUUUUCUUUUGAGCUUGUUGGGGACAAUACCAUUGGCUGAGCGUCUCGGUUUUGUUACAGAGCAGCUGGCUUUCUAUACUGGACCCACAAUUGGAGCACUUCUAAAUGCUACUUUUGGAAAUGCAACUGAAUUGAUUAUAUCAAUAUUUGCAUUAAGAAAUGGCAUGAUUCGUGUUGUUCAACAGUCAUUAUUGGGUUCAAUUCUGUCAAACAUGUUGCUGGUACUUGGUUGUGCAUUUUUCUGUGGGGGGCUCGUGAAUUAUAAGAAGGCACAAGUGUUUAGCAAGGCAGUUGCUUCAGUCAACUCUGGAUUGCUAUUGAUGGCAGUCAUGGGCCUACUAUUUCCUGCUGUCCUUCAUGCUACACACACUGAGUUGCAUUUUGGGAAAUCUGAACUGGCCCUGUCAAGGUUUAGUAGUUGUGUCAUGCUUAUAGCUUAUGCUGCCUAUCUAUAUUUUCAAUUGAGAAGCCAGCAAAAUCUAUAUGCUCCACUUAAUCAGGGAGAGUCUCCAAUUGAACAGGUGGAUUCAGAUGAUGAAGAAGUUCCUGAGAUAACAAAAUGGAAAUCAGUAAUAUGGCUGUCUAUUUUAACAGCAUGGAUUUCAGUCCUCUCAGAAUGCUUGGUUGAUGCCAUUACGGGAGCAUCUACUGAGAUGAAAAUGCCAGUGGCAUUUAUAAGUGUUAUAGUACUCCCAAUUGUUGGGAAUGCAGCAGAGCAUGCGGGUGCUGUAAUGUUUGCAAUGAGAGAUAAGCUUGAUUUAUCUUUGGGAGUUGCAAUUGGUUCGUCAACACAGAUAGCCAUGUUUGGGGUUCCCUUCUGUGUAGUUGUUGGGUGGAUCAUGGGACAGCCGAUGGAUUUGAAUUUUCAACUUUUUGAGACAGCUACACUUAUAAUUACUGUUCUAGUGGUAGCCUUCAUGCUGCAGGAAGGAACUUCUAACUAUUUCAAAGGACUAAUGCUUAUGCUUUGCUACGUGAUAGUUGCUGCAAGUUUCUUUGUACACGUUGAUCCUGCUCCAUUGCGGGAUGAGAACCAAAAACAUGGCUGAAUACAUUGGAAUUAUGCAUUGGAUUGGCUGCAGUGCAAGGUCGAUUUGUACACAGGAAAAAUUGUUUUUACAGAGAGAUCUUGUUUCUAUUCAUUCCUGGAUUCAAGCGUUUGUGACCAUAAGGUUGACAAGCUGCAACUGCUGAAGUCUUCUAAGUAAAUAUCCAUUGAAUCAGUUACAACUUCCUCGGUCUUGUUUUCACUGUAACUUUCCUAUGAGAUCACCAUUGCAAACUUUGGUUGUGCCUGGAGGCUUCAAUAUAAAGAGGGUGUUUAGGCGUAGGGUCUAGCUUUUAUACGAAAUGUAGAAAGUAGGAAUUCUUGUAAGUAGACCAUACUGCAGGUAUAUAUUUCUUUUGUAUAA